UGAAUCAGAAAAUUGCUGAUAACUGUCAGACAAAAGUAUCUAAAUAGAAAGCAUAGAAAGUUGAUAAUAUAUGUAACUAGACGUUGCAAAUAAUCUCCGGCAUAUUCAACUGAAACGAGAAUCUAACUGUGACGUCAUUAAAUGAGGUUUAUUUAUAAAAUUCCUGAGGUUACAUGUACUUUGAACUGAACGUUAUCUACGUCUCGUACCAAUUACCGGUAUUUGCAUAAGUUUAAAAAAAAAGAGAAAAAAUGAGUCUACAGUGGACAUUAAUUGCUGGUUUUCUUUAUACUGAAAUUGCUGUAGUUUUAUUAUUGGUAUUGCCAAUAUUUCCUCCAAACAGAUGGCAGAAACUUUUUAAGUCUCGAUUUUUGCAAAGUUUAAGUAAUCAAGCAUCCAUCUAUUUCUUAAUUUUACUUUCAAUAUUAGUUUUAUUCCUAUUAGAUGCUAUCAGAGAAAUGCGAAAGUACUCUGUAAUUGAACAUAACGAUCAUGGUGUACAUUUGGAUGCUGAAAUGCAAAGUAAUCUGAGAUUGUUUAGAGCACAAAGAAACUAUUAUAUGUCUGGAUUUUCAUUAUUUUUAAGCCUUGUCAUACGUCGUCUUGUGAUCUUAAUUUCUGCUCAAGCUACUUUAUUAGCACAGAGUGAAGCUGCUAUGCGACAAGCUCAGUCAGCAACUACAACAGCGAAAAGCUUAUUAUCUCAAAAGACGACUGGAGAAAGUGCCCAAAAUGACUCAAACGAAGCGCAUGAUAAAGUGCUAUCAGAAUUGAAAGGUCAAAUUAAGGAAUUACAAGCAAAAAACCAAGAAUUAGAAAAUCAGCUUACAAAAGAGAAACAGGAUAAAGAAGUCAUAAAAUCACAAGCUGCAUCUCUUGCUAAGGAAUAUGAUCGUUUAACUGAUGAACAUGGUAAAAUACUUCAGUCAGCUGGUGAUAAAAAGAGUGAUUAAAUUAUACAUUUUCUUUUUUGUUCCUUUUUUAUUUUUUGUUUUCUUAAUUAUUUUAUAAUGGUUAAUCCCUAUUUCUGGGUUGAUAUUUUAUAUUAUUAAAAGUUAAAGUUCUACAGAAUUGAAUUUACAUAAUGUAGACAAUAAGUUAUGUAAUAGAGUAUUUAACAAGUAUCACUAUGGUGAAGACAUAUAUGAUAAGUUUGUAUUCUAUAAAUAUUUAAAUAUAUAAAAUUAAUACAGUAUUUUUGAAAAUAUUGUUAUGGUACAACAGCAAUUACUGUAUGCACCUGUGAUGUUAACUAAAAUUAUUUAAAUUAUA